UCAUCGCACCCUCAACAUUAAGCUGGUUUACAUCUUACCAGUAAAUUCCAGAAGACCCACACAUACAAAUAGUUUAAAUCAGUAUCUCGGCGACUUUUGGUACCCACCUGUCUCUCUUGAACAUGCACUUUCCCAGCUCAAUAAUCAUCUUCUUAACUGUGGCUUGUGGAAUUGCAACUUGUGCGAACAGUUGGCGUGUUUACGGAGGGGUUACAUUAACAUGCAAAGGAGAACACCCUCUAGGACUUUGCCUCCAUCAUCAGGGCUCGGACUACAAGGUUGACCUGAAUGAAUCUACUACUGGGAUAAAAGCGGUGGUCGCCUCUGAUAUCACUGACGGAAGCGGAAACCCACAUCCGACCACCCAUAGCUGCGACGGAAGCGGCGCGGCGCUUUCAGGCGUGUUGCAUCAAUCAACUUGCUGGCUUUGGCAAUCAGGUGAGGACAUAUACCAUGAUAGAUUAAUCUCUUCAAUCUGGAUCCUCGAAACUUGA